CCAUCAGCGUUGGGGGCGGGCCCUCUGCGGGAGGGCACCUGCGGCCGCGGGCUCCGGGGUGCACAGCAGCGGCCGCGGACUCUGGGGUGCACAGUAGCGGCCGCCGCGGUCCCAGCUCCGACCCCUGCAGGUUCCCCCCCCCCCAGGACCAUGGGGAGGAAGAAGAUCCAGAUCUCACGCAUCUUGGACCAGAGGAACCGACAGGUGACCUUCACCAAGCGGAAAUUCGGGCUGAUGAAGAAGGCCUACGAGCUGAGUGUGCUGUGUGACUGCGAGAUCGCGCUCAUCAUCUUCAACAGCGCCAACCGCCUCUUUCAGUAUGCAAGCACCGACAUGGACCGCGUCCUGCUCAAGUACACCGAGUAUAGUGAGCCGCACGAGAGCCGCACCAACGCCGACAUCCUCGAGACAUUGAAGCGGAGGGGCGUGGGCCUCGAUGGGCCUGAGCUGGAGCCAGACGAAGGACCUGAGGGUCCAGGAGAGAAGCUGCGGAGGUUGGCAGGAGAUGGAGGUGACCCAGCCCUGCCCCGACCCCGGCUCUAUCCGGCUGCGCCCACCAUUCCCAGCCCGGACGUUGUAUAUGGGGCCUUGCCGCCUCCAGGCUGCGACCCCAGCGGACUUGGGGAAGCCCUGCCCGCCCAGAGCCGGCCCUCGCCCUUCCGACCCGCCGCCCCCAAGGCAGGGCCCCAAGGCCUGGGACACCCCCUCUUCACCCCGAGCCACCUGUCCAGCAAGACGCCGCCACCCCUGUACCUAGCCCCGGACGGGCGGCGGCCGGACCUGCCCAGCGGCUUGGCGGGGGCCCGAGGGGGGCUGAGUGCGCCGAGAAGCCUCUACGGAAGCCUGCAGAGUCCGAGUGCCACGGGCGCCCCGGGACCUCCUUUGGGGAGAUCCUUCCUCCCUGCGGGCCCCCAAGAAUACAGCCUGGGGGACCCCCCGCCGCCGCCCGGCCUGCUGCAGCCCCCCGCCCUGGUCCCCUGGCAGGCGUCGAGGGGGGACAGACCCGCGGCCGUCCCCGCGCCGCCCAGCGGGGUGCGGAGCCUAGCAGAGGGGGGUGCCUCGCCCCCUGCGGUCAGCGUCAAAUCAGAGCGCCUGUCCCCCGUCCCCGGGGGCCUCAGCGACACCGCCAAGACCUUCGCCUUUCCGCUGCUCCUGCGGCCUGGGCCUCUGUGCCGCCUGCCCGCUGCUGACGGGUGGCCGCGGUAGGGUGCAGGGAGCGGGACACCCCCCUCCGGGAGGGCUGGGGGACACCUGUCUGCGUGGGGCUCAUCUCCCUCCCGUGCAAACCGCCAAUAAAACACACGGGGUCCUGUGCAGUCCCAA